CCGCGCCAUGGCUGCCCCCGCGCUGCGCGAUAUCCCCCUGCUCCCUGGCUCCCCACGCCGGCUGAGCCCUCGAACAGUGGCCAGAGGGGGCCAGGCCCCCAAACGUGGACAGCAACAUCUCAAGGUGCCAGGCCCCCGGGCCCCAGGUCCGAGGGGCAGUUCCGGUGGAGGGCGGGCCCACGGCAGUUCUGUCAUCAACAACUAUCUGGAUGCCAAUGAGCCCGUGUCGUCGGAGGCCCGUGUGAGCCGCAUGCACUUCCAUGACAACCAGAGGAAGGUCGACUAUGUGCUCGCCUACCACUACCGGAAACGUGGGGCGCACCUGGGCCAAGGCUCCCCUGGCCACUCGCUGGCUAUUGUCUCCAACGGGGAGAUGGGCAAGGAGCCCCAGGCUGGGGGCCCAGGUGACAUUGAGCUGGGGCCGCUUGAUGCCCUGGAGGAGGAGAGGAAGGAGCAGCGGGAAGAGUUUGAGCACAAUCUGAUGGAAGCUGGGCUGGAGCUCGAGAAGGACGUGGAGGUGAGUUGGGCAGUUGGCUAGGUCUUGGGGUGGGAUGGCACCACAGAGCGGGGCUCCUGGUGGUCAGUGCCACCCUGCAGGAGCCUAGGCUUGGGUCUGGCAGGUGGCAUGGUUUUUCCUGUUGGGACACCAAAUCUUCUUGCCCAAGGACUU